AGCCGGGGUGGAGCCUGGCGUCCCCUCCAGCGUCCGGCCGCGCCCGUCCUCAGGGCUGCGGCUAGAAGCCGUGCUGCCGUUGAGGCCAACGGGAUCGCUCCCUGCGGUGCUCUGCCACGGUGGAACUGGACGCACUGAGCUUCAGCAGCCGGGUCUCCAGCUUCCUUUCCCUUGCGGAGGCGUCGAGCUCGCGCGUGCGCAGCGAGAGAGGGAAGAGGGCCGGGACCCCCGGUUUACCCUACGCUGGGCGACCGGACAGCACGGAGGUGAAUUGGGAUGAGCUUCCCAGCUCUGUGACUCCACUGAGGGAGACGCCUGGAAGCAGAGGGUCGUUGGCCCGCCGCAGUGCGUGAGGCCAUGGCGUUCCUGUCCGGGCCGCGCCUGCUAGACUGGGCUAGCUCGCCACCGCACCUGCAGUUCAAUAAGUUCGUACUGACUGGCUACCGGCCGGCCAGCAGCGGCUCGGGCUGCCUGCGCAGCCUCUUCUACCUACACAAUGAGCUGGGCAACAUCUACACACACGGGCUGGCCCUGCUGGGCUUCCUGGUGCUUGUGCCAAUGACCAUGCCCUGGGGUCAGUUGGGCAAGGAUGGCUGGCUGGGAGGUACACAUUGUGUGGCCUGUCUGGUCCCCCCUGCAGCCUCUGUGCUCUAUCACCUCUUCAUGUGCCACCAAGGAGGCAGUCCUGUGUACACCCGGCUCCUUGCCCUGGAUAUGUGUGGAGUCUGCCUUGUCAACACUCUUGGGGCCCUGCCCAUCAUCCACUGCACUCUGGCUUGCAGACCCUGGCUUCGUCCAGCCGCCCUGAUGGCUUACACUGCACUGUCAGGUGUGGCUGGCUGGAGAGCCCUCACUGCCCCCUCCACCAGUGCUCGGCUUCGAGCCUUUGGUUGGCAAGCCGGGGCCCGCCUACUGGUGUUUGGGGCCCGUGGUGUAGGACUGGGCUCAGGGGCUCCAGGCUCCCUGCCCUGCUACCUGCGCAUGGAUGCAUUGGCGUUGCUUGGAGGGCUGGUGAAUGUGGCACGUCUGCCAGAGCGUUGGGGGCCCGGUCGCUUUGACUACUGGGGGAACUCCCACCAGAUCAUGCACCUGCUCAGCGUGGGCUCCAUCCUCCAGCUCCAUGCUGGUGUUGUGCCUGACCUGCUCUGGGCUGCCCACCAUGCCUGUCCCCCAGACUGAGCUGUCCCCU